AUGUCUUCAACAACAUCAACUAUUGUGAAGAGCACACGCAAAGAAAUAGCGACUGUUGGAGCUCGAAAAGUACUACACAACAUAAACAACAUUUUUCAGGAAGCUCAACUCAUAAAAAAUUUCUACAAAAACAAAUUAAAAAAUAACUGGAAUAGGAACAAAAAGUUGAAGAACAACAGCCACGACCACUACAAAAAUCUUUGCAAUGCUGUGCGUGAUGAAAAAACUGAUGCGGGCUUGCCAACCUCAUUGCAACCCAGAACUGCUGAAAACAUCACCAACGACUACGUGGAGUUAAACACAAUAAAUAUUAACAACACCAACAUCAACACUAACAUCAACAACAACACCAACAACUUCACCAACAACAACAACACCAACAACUUCACCAACAACAACAUCACCAACAACCCACCUGAGUCUGGUUAUGAGAGUGACAUACAAACACAUAAAUAUGAAGAACUUUGCGGGGAGCAACAGGAUUGGAAUGAUAACGACAAGAAGGUUGAUGAUGCAAAUGUUACUAAACUCUUAAAAAAUCCUCAUCAUCAUCUUUAUCAAUAUGGAAAGCUCAUGAACAAAAUUCAUCAUCACCGUAAUACCGAUUUCUUCAGCGAUGCACCUGUGCCAAAUGUUUGUGACGUAGAGAUGAGCUCAUCAAGGAAGAGAAAGAUGAUUGGGAAGAAAAUGAUGGCGAGGGAUGAGGAUAGAGAGAAUGAAGCAAAGAAAAAAACAUUUAACCAAGGAAGAUUUGGUCAAAAAAUAAUUUCGAAAAAAAUGAAAAAUAAACCAAAACCGGUCACAAAAGGGAAAAAUAAACAGCAAAAACGUAUAAAAAAAACUAUCGAUGAAUUGUUCUGUUGGUUUCCUCCUAGAAAUGUACAUCCCAAUAAAGACGUCAGCCAAAAUGCAACAAACAAUCUUAGUAAUUCUGGCAUCGAACGCGGCGAACAAACACAUCCACAGACAUUAUUUGAUGGAGACAUUCAACGAGAACAACAGGAGUCUUACUACCAAUGCAUACAACAACCUGCUGAACAAUACCAGCUUCUACAACAACAUCAGCAAUAUAAACGUUUUUUACAAUGCCAACAGUAUUUGCAAUAUCAAUUUUAUCAAAAUCAGUAUUAUUAUUAUUCUCAAUUUUAUCGUCAACAAAAUGACUAUCAACAACUACUUCGCAAACGAUUUCAAACAUCUUACCACCAACGUCAGCAUCAUCAGCGGCAACUUCUGUCCAAUGCCAGCACCAGCAACCAUCUAAAUAAUAUUUGUCACCUGCAAACUUCAAAUUCAACUAAAAUGUUAUUCAAUUCUCUGUCAUCAUCUGUUCCGUCAUCACAUCAUAUUUCAGCACCUUUUUUGCCGCUACCAUCUUCUUCAAACAUUUUAUCAUCAUCAUUGUCAUUAUCUUCAUCAGAAGCAUCGUCAUCUUUCAUUUUCUCUGAUCCAUCAACAAAGAUCUCAGCUGCAGAAACAUUCUCACCAUCAUCAACAAGCGCAACUCACAAAACAACAAUAUCAGAACUGGAAACAACAUCAACAACUCUUGCAUCAUCUUGUAAAUAUUCAACAGACAAUUUGAAUGAGGCCUUCGUGCGUUCGAACGCAUCUUGCUGGCACAGUGCUGCAGAUGACGAAGAACAUCACAAUUCGCUGAUCACUUAUGAGGACCACGGAAAAAGACGAAACCACCAAGAUAACAGGAAUAACUACUCAUAUAACAGGAAUGAGGAUGGUGAUUACCAUGAUGAUAGAAAUCAGGAUUAUAAUAAUGAUGAGGAAGAAAAUGAUGACUACAACGACGAUGAUGAUAACAUUCUGAACCUGGCGUUGAACGAACAACCGGAUGUGUUCGUGAGUGAGGAGCGGUGCAUAUGGAGACCUGAUCUUUCCGUGAUACAUUCUUCCAGCUGCUUGCAUGGUGUCAGAUAUUCUGACGAUGAUGAUGAUGAUAAAGGUGAUGAUGAUGACAAUAAAGAAAUUAAUUUUCAUGAGUUUAAACAAAACGACAAAGAAAAAUUAGAGAUUUCGAAAAAAAUCAGCCGGAGUAAGCAAACAUAUUUGCGAUAUAAAGAUAAUGGGCAAUCUCGAAACAAAAACAACGACACCAACAACAUAGUCAGCAACCUAAAGAGCAAUCUCAACAGAAUAAACCGCAGUGACGUCACCAAAUCUCUAACCAGGAUACUUGAAAGACUUAAUGGAUCAAUUGAAAAAUGCAAACCAGAGGUAAACAACAACCACAAACAUUUUGUUAAAUGCAACAAAAUUUAUGACAGCAAUUUCAUCAACAAAAACAUUAACAAAAACAACAGUUGCAACAGCACCGAUAACAACAUCCUCAUUCACGACAACAAUAACAAACAUGCAAACAAGAUGAGCGAACGGCAGAUGAACAUAAUCAAACAGCUGAUAAGCAAUGAAAGGUCGUACGUGAACGAGAUGAACUUGGGGAUGGAAAUGUUCUCGAGGCCCUCAAAAAUGGUCUUCCACACAGAACUUUAUUUCAGAAUUUUUCAAAACAUUGAAAAGACGCUUAAAUCCGGCCCUAAAUCUGGCCACCAAAUCGAUUCGACCGGAUUUGAAAAAAAAGCCGGAUUUUGGCCGGGGCCGGAGCCGGAGCCGGGGCCGAACUUCGGUGCAUCCCUAAGCAGAACAUUGUUUUCAUUUUAG